CAAUUUGUGCAUACUUUCAAAGCCUUUCCUCCAGUGGGAAGAAUUCCAGGCAACAACUCUCUGGCAUAAUCAUAUAAAAUUUGAUCCACCACCUUUUCACCACCCCAUAGUUCAGUGUGAGCGGUUCAGUGAGAGCUCCUGAAGCCUCCUGUAAAUAAUGCAGAAUGAAACAGGCAUUCUGGGCAAUACAACUAUGAACAAGGGCCUGUCAGCGACACUGAAGAUAUUCUUUGUAAUUCCUUUCUUCAUGAUAUUCUUCUAUUGCAUCGUCGUGAUGCUGUACACCUUUGCAUCAAACCGGCAGUUCUGGGACAGCUCACGCUAUAUCCUCUUUGUCUACAUGCUGAUCAAUGACACACUACAGCUUUCCCUCUCCAUGAUCCUCUUCUUCUUUGUGAUGGCUGACUUGCGCAUCUUCUUUGCCUCAUGCAUCUCCCUCCUCUUCCUGUCCACUGCUACCUUCCAGAACACUCCACUCAUCCUGGCCACCAUGUCCCUGGAGCGCUACGUGGCCAUCUUGUACCCCCUACAACAGCCCACAAUGUGGCAGGCAGACCGCAUCUGGGUCAUCAUGUUGGCCCUGUGGCUGACCAGCUGCAUCCUCCCCAUCGUCGACUUCUCCCUGGGCCAGCUACAGCCUGACUCGGGAACUUUCUCCAGAAUGGUGCUCUGCAGAUCAGGCAUUCUUAACUUGUUUCCAAUUCAGACGUUAUUCAAAGUGGUCCUUAACAGGGUGUUCUUUGGGCUAGUGGCCAUCAUCAUUCUGUUCACCUACAUCAGGAUCCUCUUUGAGACACGGCGCAUGCGUCAGGACCGGGCGUCUGUCACCAAGGCGCUACAGACUGUGCUGCUGCACGGGCUCCAGCUGCUGCUCUGCAUGAUAUCCUUUGCCCAGCCUGUGACGGAAAACCUCCUCAUGAUGCAUGUCAGCUGGCUGCGUGAGAACAUCAUCUUCUUCAACUUCUUCUGCGUCAUCCUUCUGCCACGCUUCCUGAGCCCCCUCAUUUACGGCCUACGUGACGAUAUCCUGAGACGGCACAUUAAGGGCGCUGUCUUCUGCUGCUCUGCUAGCGUUCACCCCAUGGCAACAAGAAAACACUUCUUGAAGUGAGAUUAAUAAAUUGUUUACAUUAGUUCUGUUUCUCACAAUAAAGGCAUUCAUGCUUCGAUAAAGGUGCACAAAUAAUUCUCAAUAUGUAAUUAAAUCUGAUUUAAUUGAAUAUAACUAAAAGAAUGGGGCGGCAUGGUGGUGCAGUGGUUAGCACUGUUGCCUCACACCUCUGGGACCCGGGUUCGAGUCUCCGCCUGGGUUACAUGUGUGUGGAGUUUGCAUGUUCUCCCCAUGUCGUCGUGGGGUUUCCUCCGGGUACUCUGGUUUCCCCUCACCGUCUUAAAACGUGCUGAGGCUAAUUGGAGUUACUACAUUUCCCGUAAGAGUGCAUGUGUGCAUGAAUGGUGUGUGAGUGUGCCCUGCAAUGGGCUGGCCCCCCCAUCCUGGGUUGUUCCCUGCCUCGUGCCCAUUGCUUCCGCGAAAGGCUGCGGACCCCCUGCAACCCAAUAGGAUAAGCAGUUUGGAAAAUGGAUGGAUGGAUUGAUAACUAAAAGAAUGUUAUACCAGUUUAAUUUUUGAUUAUAUGGUGUUGAAAUACACAAGGGAUCAAUUCUCAUCCUUUCUAAUCUGUGACCCAUUGGCAGCUGGUGGUCUUUCAAACAGUUGAAGCACAUUUUAUGGAAUCCUGGGUGUUGAUCUGCCCUGCUGUCUAAAUCUGAGUCUCUCCUUGUAAGGAAGACUAUCAAACGGCUUUCCUAAAAUCAGGUCAACAAUAUUAGCAGUGUCUGCCAUUAUGCACAGCUAGCUAGCAGGCUGGCUAAUAUCCAGCCCCCCCCCGCCCACGACCUAAUUUGAAAUAAACCAACAAACUUUACUAACAUAAUAAGACAUUAACCUUACUAACGAAACAAGGGGCAAACUCAAGAAUUCUCUAUUUAAGUUUUUCUUUACAAUAUCAAAAAUUGAAAAUAAAAUAAAAAGACCAGAUUGAUUGUUUAAAAUGCAGUGGAUAAUACAAUACAGUCAGAAAUUAAAACAUAAAGGCAGAGCCAUAUUAAAUGAUUGUGAUGCUAUUACACAAUAAUGAUGUCUUUAAUAAUCAUAUGUGUGAUAAAAUAAUAUUUGCUCACCAUACAAUGUACAGUUAUUAUUACAAUAUACAGCAGGAAUAAGUCUAAUAGCUGCGUGUCUAUGUGUGUUUCAGUCCUUUUAGGCUCCUUCC